AUUUUACUCUUCCUUUUCUCUUCUUAACAUACCUCCCACCCUUUUCUGCCUUUUCCCCAGAAAAGUCCAUAUUUGACACGCCUUCGCUCUAACACAUACCUUGGGUAUCUGUAAAUUAUUCGCAAACGCUUCCCUUUCCUCUGGGACAUGCCUGAUAGCCCUACUGAGUACGACCACUUGAAUCAAAAGUCAACUUUAACUCCACAAACAUCUCCAGGUGUCAUAUCGACCAAUCCAAAUAGCUACUUUGAUCAAUUUUAUAUCUCUUCGAACGAAGGACCUUUUAUUCACACACCAAGUCAAGAACUGAUGCCAGUACACACAGCAGGAUAUCAGAGUGCAGCUAUUCCACAAAGCGCAUACUCCUUCUCAAUGCCCACGAAUGCUACUGCAACAGUAGCCGGCUUUGAUUUACAGGACGUUAUACAUCAGUUCAGAACACAGCCCGAGCUAUUACAGUUGAUUCUUAACAGUAAAGUCGAGGAAGACAGACGAAGAGCGGAAGAAGCUAAGCUACGAGGCAAGGAAAUUGAUUUCUACCUUCAACGCAAGCAGCAAGAAUCCACCGUUUUUGAAAAACAGUCGCCAAAGACCGGUGAAGUACUUGCGCCAAUACACAUCAAUCGCCGCGAUGUCCCAGACGAACCAUCGCAAACAACCAGCUAUCAUAGCGAUUCUUACUCGAAAAGUCACCGAACGCUUGCCAUGAGUACUUCACGAUCUCAAGGAUUCAUAUCUGGUGUUCUGGCUCAGCCAUCUAGCCCACGACGACACAGUGCCUUUGAAGCGCUUCAAUCAACAAGUCCAGACAGGCGCAUGGGAACCAUGAAUGCGUCGGAGGAAGAUCAUUACGUUCGACACAGGUCAUCCCAUGAGAACAGUCCACGACAAUCCUCCAACAGCCCACGCUCACCAGACUUGGAUUUUAUUAUGGAUGAUGAUACCAACAUGUCGAAUGGACAUGGUCAUAUGGAAAAGAAGCGACGAAAGAGACGGGAAAUGCAGGCAGUAACCACUAUCGUCGAAACUCGAGAUCCAUAUAAUGAUGAGUACAUGUGGAAGAAUAACGGGAAUACACUUCACAAAAAAACUGGACAAAAAAGCACGUAUUACAAGUGUUCUAAUAGUAACAAGGGCUGUCCAGUGAACAAAACCGUCACUUUACGAGAAAACGAUACUUACCUCAUCAAAUACCGUGGUGAACAUCUACCAGAAUGCAAUCGAGUGAAGCGGAUUGUCGACAUAUAAGAAACCUUGUAUUCCCUGUA